AUGAAUGGAAAUAAUAAUACUGGAAAUCUCCAGCAAUCACACGGCCCACCUCAACAACAACAACAACAACAAAUGUUCAAUCAAACCCCUCAAAUGGGAUUUCAACAAGCACCACCUCCUGGAAUGCAAGGAAGAGGUAAUAAUGCUCAAACACCUUUACAACAACAACGAUUCAAUAUGUCUCAACAACAAAUGAUGGCAGCACAACAACAACAACAACAACAACAAUUACAACAACAAAAUGCAAUGGCUGCAGCAGCUGCUGCUGCUGCUGCAUCUGGACGUCCAGUACCUCAAAGAAAUCCAAAUUAUAAUGGAAGUCCUAAUCCUGGACAAACACUUCCUUUAAAUAAUAACAACAACAACAGCAACAACAACAACAACAAAACUGGGAUGUAUAAUCCAAAUGCAUUAGCAACAGGGAUGCCUUCUUCAAAUUUGCAACCUACUUCUUCUGCAGGAAACUCUCGUGGUCAUACACCAAGAAUGGUAAAUCAACCACAACCAUUUAUACCGCAUCAACAGAACCAACCACCUUUACCACCACAACAACAACAGCAGCAACAACAACAACAGCAACAACCUACUCCUCAACUCCCACCUCAAGGUCAAACACCACAACAAGUACAAAUGGGAUAUCCCAAGAAAGUAAACAAUGGUAACCUUGUUGCAAAUCAGUCUCUUAAAAGUGGACCAAUGGGGGGACCAGUACCUAUGGGAGGACCACAACAAGCAAGAAUUCCUCCGAAUUCAUCCUUCCAACAAUCACCACAAACACAGUUUGCCAUGCCUCCCAAUAGUAAUGGUCCUAUCAAUCCCCAACAACAACAACAACAGCAUGGACCAAAUCAAAAUCCACAACCAACAGUAAGUGGUCGUUCUCCUAUUCAAAGACAAAUGAUAAUAGCCACCACAACAGCAACAGGUGGAAAAGGUGACACAAACAAUUCAGUUCAAGAACAAGUACAACAAGAAAUCAAUACCAGAAUCAUUAAAAGAAAUUUAGGAAAUGCUGCUAUAAUUAGAGUAUUAGAUUUAAUUGAAUUUAUUUCAAAUCAACAUUAUGAAAAUUUAUCAAAUAUAGAAUUUUGGACAAAAAUCACUCCAGCAAAUUUUUUACCAACAGCAAUUUUAAAAUUUAAUACUACCAAUAUUACUGGUGGUAAUGGUAAUAAAUCUUUAAAUGAUAUUACUGGAUUGAAUUUAAAUUUUUUAAAUUCAAACAAAGCUACGAGUAAUAAUAACAAUAACAAUACUAAUACUAAUACUAAUAAUAGUAAUAACAAUAAUAAGCCACAUCAGUUUGAAUUAACUACUAGUACUGCUCCACGAUUUUUUGCUAGUUGUAUACAAACGGAAAGCAUUCUUAAAUGUAAUAUAAGUUUAUCAGGAUCAAAAUUCCAAGUAUUAAGCAAUGGAUCAAUUGUCAUUGUAUCUAAAAUAGGUUUACAUUUCCAUUAUAAAGAUGGAUCAAAUUCUGCCCUUCAUGGUACCAUUAAAAUUUUGAUGAGUAAAGAUUUACGAAUUGAAUGGGUUGAUUUAAAUUUUUCUGAUUAUCAAUCUAAUAUUUCGGUGCUGGCACUUGAAGAAAAAUUGAAAUCAAUUAUAACUGAUAAUACUUCAAUUACGAAAAAAGAUAUUAAACGACAAAAAGAAUUACUUGAUGAAUUAGUUAAAAAUUCUCAAGCAUCAAAAUUACAAUUAACUUUUGGAAUUGAACCUCAAUCUUUAAGAAUUUUACAAUUGGGUGAUGUAAUGUCAAGUAUGAAAUCAUUAAUGGAAUUUAGUAUGGUCAAUAAUAUACCGUCACCUAUGAAAUCAAUGGAAUUAUUGAUUGCUUCACAAAAAAAUCAACAAAUGCAAGCAUUCCAAGCUCAAAUGGCAGUACAAGCUCAAGCUCAAGCUCAAGCUCAGGUCCAGGCCCAGGCCCAAGGACAAAAUUUGGCUAAUUUUUCAGGAUCAACGAAUUUACAAACAGAUGCACAAAGAUCUCGACAACAACAACAACAACAACAACAGCAGCAGCAGCAACAACAGCAACAACAACUGCUAAACACGAGUAACAACAAUAGUAAUAGCAAUAACAGUAAUAACAAUAAUAACAAUAAUAGCAAUAACAACAAUAAUAACAAUAAUAAUAACAAUGGUAAAGGAGGUAUUGCUAAUGGAAGUAAUAAUAUAUCUUCACCAUCACCAAGGACUGUAAAUGCUGAAGAACCUAAAAGAAAGAGAAAACAAAGUGUGAAUAUGUCAAAUGAGAAUAAAAGAAGAAAGUAA